AUGUCUGAUGGAGAUUUUUCAAAAGAACUUGAUGACAGAUUUGGCUCUCAGUGUGGGGAUAUUUUGGUCUUUUUCGAUGCAUUGGAUAAUUGCAACUCUGAAUCGGUUAAUGUGAAGGUAACAGUUUCCAAUUCGAAUCCAAACAUAGUAAUGGUUGGAUUUCGUGUCCAUGUGGGGAACACAUUAGCAAACAAUAUACCUACUGAGAUAACAAUUUUCCAAAGAGUUAUAAAACUAGACGAAGGCAUGAGAUCAACUUUACUAAGAAUAGACACUUUAGAAAUUUAUGGUAGAGUAAAGGAUGACUUUGGUUGGAAGGAGAAAAUGGAUGCAUUACUGGACAUGGAGGCACGUGUGCUUGGUAGCAGUUCUUGGGUUUCAGGAUCUUGGAAAAAACGUUGCAUUGGUCAAGUUACUCCUAUUGAAGAACAGGCUUGGCCUGUGCAUACUCCAAGGCCUGUCGCUUUCAAGCUUGUUGCUGAUACCCCUAUUCUUACUGGACAGCAAACCAUCUUUCUUUUCUUUCCAGACAUGAUUAAAGGCAUGUUUUUGGCUGUAGUUAUUGGAACACCUGUUGUGGUUGCCAUCAUUUUAAUAGUACAGAUCAUGUUCUCUGUUCUUGAUGCUGCAUCUGAUAGGGAACCAAAAGUGAGGACUUUUUUUCCCCUGACACUUGAAAUAACAGGGUAA